AGAGAGAGAGAGAGAGAGAGAGAGAGACUCUGAUUCGCGACGCCGUAUGGGCUCGUUCGACAUUGGUUCUCCGGCGUCUUCCUUCGAGCAGUUUCAGUUCUGUUCGGCGGUUUGAUUUCGUCAAGAAGUCGAUCUCGAGAGUUCUAUGCUCAGUCACUGGAGUUGAAGAUGGAAUAGAACGAUUUCUGCAGUUCAUUUCCAUUUCAUGGCUCCAGGCCAAGAAUUUCAGCAUAUCCUAUGGAUUAGGCGGACGUUGUUCGUGGCCAAGUUAUUCUGGCUUCGAAGCUCUUGAAUGAACUCAGUUGCUGGUGUUCUUGCCUGAGCAUUUCGGUUGCGACCUGCAAGAGCUCGAUUUCUGUGGAGUGAGACACUUCUGUCAUUUGCAGUGCGGAUUUUUCUCUGGAGUAUUCGUGCGUUGACCUCAGAGUUAAGACGAUCUUUAUGCUGUAUGGAAAUAGCCAAUUGUGAUGGCACCGGCUUUAGUAAUUCUUUGGUCCAACUCCGCAGAUGUUACAAAGUCAAUAGCCUUACAGAAACCAUUUUGGAAUCGAGUCAAGUUGCUUGUUUAAAAGAUCGGUAUGUUCUCGAAGAACAGUUGGGGUGGGGGCAAUUCGGUGUUAUCAGGGCAUGUUCUGAUAAGUUGACUGGUGAGGUUCUGGCUUGCAAAUCCAUCGCUAAAGAUAGAUUGGUCACGCCGGAUGACUUGCGAAGUGUGAAGCUGGAGAUCGAAAUAAUGAGCAGGUUAUCUGGGCACCCAAACGUUGUAAAUCUCAAGGCUGUUUAUGAGGAGGAAGACUAUGUUCAUUUAUUGAUGGAAUUAUGUGUAGGAGGGGAGCUUUUUCAUCAGCUUGAGAAACAUGGGAGCUUCUCUGAGAUGGAGGCUCGUGUUCUUUUUAAGCAGUUGAUGCAAGUAAUUAAGUAUUGUCAUGAUAAUGGCAUUGUCCACAGAGAUCUGAAGCCAGAAAACAUUCUAUUGGCUUCAACAUCCUCAUCUUCUCCUAUUAAAUUGGCAGAUUUUGGCCUUGCAACCUAUAUUCGGCCUGCAGGACAGAGAUUGCAUGGCACUGUUGGUAGUCCAUUUUACAUAGCUCCGGAGGUGCUUGUGGGAGGUUAUAGUCAGGCUGCGGAUGUGUGGAGUGCUGGUGUUAUCUUGUAUAUAUUACUUAGUGGUGUGCCCCCAUUCUGGGGAAAGACUAAGUCAAAAAUAUUCGAGGCUGUUAGAGCAGCGAAUUUGCGGUUUCCUGCCAGUCAUUGGGAAGGCAAAUCUUCAUUGGCAAAGGAUUUGAUUGCAGGAAUGCUUCAAUUAGAUCCGACCAAGAGACUAACAGCAGCGGAGGUUAUAGAUCAUCCCUGGAUGGAACUCUGCGAACAAGGUGUUCAAGAAACAAGCACGCAAGUCAAUCUGGGUCAGGAAAUGGUUGAAGUGGGUGGAAGUUCUUUUUAUACACCGGUUAUUGCUAGGGUUCAGGAUUAUAGCUUCAGCUAUGAAUCACAUGCCGUUGGUGCAAAUUCCAUGGAGCAAUCACCAGCAUUCACGUGCAAGUCAUCUUUUUUUUCUUGCCUAGUCGGUGAUGGAUGUUCCAUAUCUUCAAUUGAGGGGUUUUCUUUCAGUAGUGCCUCUAAAUCAAGUCCUUCAGGCCCAAGGUUCCCUUCAAGUGUUCUAUCAAUGCCUAGUUUUACUUUCUUCGGUCUGGGUCCUGAUACUGAACAACAGAAUUAUCUGUUGGAAUAUCAAACCAAUAUGUCAAAUGCUACCGUGACCAAUGGAGAAUCAGGCUUGGCUAAACCAUUGGUACUGCCAGAUUCUUUCGGUUUUGGCAAGUAUGAUGGAGAAGCAGAGAAGAGGUCAGAAACUCGGAGAACUGGGACUGGUGGAUCCAGGUUAUUAGGAAAACACAGUAAAAGGAAUCACAUGAUAGGGUUUGGGGAGCUUGAUCAAAUUGAUUUUGUAGUGGCUGAAUCAGUCAUUCGCUGGGCAUCAUGCACGCACAUUCCCACUGCUCCCUCUCUGAGAUUAUCGCUCGUUUGCUAGGAGAACCGAACUACGUUGUAAUGGUAACAGGCGAGAGUGCAGUCCUGCGUGCCGACAUUUGGCGGCACAAAAUGAGACACUGUCGAGCUUGAUGGCAACAUCACUACAACCUGAUGAGUCAGAAAUUUAUUUCAAUCGAGUAGGAAGUUUGGAUGGGUAUGUUUGGUUAGAUUGUGCUUUUGCCUUGACAUUUAACUGAUCGUGGAAGUUCAGCUGGAUGAUAUGUAGAUUGUAUUGUACUUACUAAUGAAAAAGUUUUGAGUGGUUACGCACGCGGACUCGUGAAGUGCUUAUAUAAGUUUGUAUAAAUUCGUCAGAUGGCUUUCUCUAA